UACACGAGCGCUGUGAUCAGCCCGAUCAGACAGCCACCCGGCACCAUGGCUGCCAUAUUGGAAAGGAAGUAAGUUCAUUCCCGUGAUCUUCCUAACACAGCGGACUAGCAGCACGGAAAAAACGAAGAGAAUAUUAGUUAUCUGCUGGGGAAAGGAGGGCGCACUCUACUGCCCCUGUCAGACCUAACUCUACUUCUUGUCGAGAACUGCAAGUUUCCGUUCCGUAGCCGUGGAAGAUGGCGGACCCGGCAGAGUGCACAAUUAAAGUAAUGUGCCGUUUCAGGCCUUUGAAUAGUUCUGAGGUGGCAAGAGGGGACAAGUAUAUCGCUAAGUUCCCAGGCGAAGAAACGGUUGUACUUGGGGGUAAGCCCUACAUGUUUGACCGAGUACUCCAGUCCAACACCACGCAGGAGCAAGUUUAUAAUGCCUGUGCUCAAAAGAUUGUCAAAGAUGUUCUGGACGGCUAUAACGGGACCAUUUUUGCAUACGGACAGACGUCCUCUGGCAAGACGCACACCAUGGAGGGUAACCUGCAUGACACAGACUGCAUGGGCAUCAUCCCUAGGAUUGUGCAGGACAUUUUCAACUACAUCUACUCAAUGGACGAGAACCUGGAGUUUCACAUCAAGGUGUCCUACUUUGAGAUCUACCUGGAUAAGAUCCGUGACCUGCUGGAUGUGUCGAAGACAAACCUGUCUGUGCACGAGGACAAAAACCGGGUUCCCUACGUCAAGGGCUGCACGGAGCGUUUUGUCUGCAGUCCUGAGGAAGUGAUGGACACCAUCGAUGAGGGCAAGUCCAACAGACAUGUAGCAGUUACAAACAUGAACGAGCACAGCUCCAGGAGUCACAGUAUCUUCCUGAUCAACGUGAAGCAGGAGAACACGCAGACAGAACAGAAGCUCAGCGGCAAACUCUACCUGGUGGAUCUGGCUGGCAGUGAAAAGGUCAGUAAGACCGGUGCUGAGGGAGCGGUUCUGGACGAGGCCAAGAACAUCAAUAAGUCUUUAUCAUCACUAGGCAACGUCAUCUCUGCACUGGCCGAGGGUUCGGGCUACGUGCCGUACAGAGACAGUAAGAUGACCAGGAUCUUGCAGGACUCUCUGGGAGGAAACUGCAGAACCACCAUCGUCAUCUGCUGCUCCCCCUCAUCCUACAAUGAGUCCGAGACCAAAUCUACCCUCAUGUUUGGACAGAGAGCGAAGACGAUUAAGAACACAGUGUGUGUGAAUGUGGAGCUGACUGCUGAGCAGUGGAAGAAGAAGUACGAGAGAGAGAAGGAGAAGAACAAAACGCUCCGCAACACCAUCACCUGGCUGGAGAACGAACUCAACCGCUGGAGAAAUGGUGUGAGCGUGCCUGUGGAUGAGCAGUAUGAUAAAGAGAAGGCGAACGCUGAGGUGCUGGAUAACGCGCUAAACGAUAAGACCGCCUCCACGCCCUCAUUACCCAGCAUUCCCUCCAUCCCCGGGGUGCCUGGGGCCCGCCUGUCCGACGCCGAGAGGGACAGCGAGCUCGCCAAGCUCUAUAAGCAGCUGGACGAUAAGGAUGAUGAGAUUAACCAGCAGUCUCAGCUCACAGAAAAACUCAAGGAGCAGAUGCUCGAUCAGGAAGAGCUGCUAGCGUCGUCCCGGCGUGACCACGAGAGCCUGCAGGGGGAGCUGUCGCGCCUGCAGCAGGAGAACGAGGCCAGCAAGGAGGAGGUGAAGGAGGUGCUGCAGGCCCUGGAGGAGCUCGCCGUCAACUACGACCAGAAGAGCCAGGAGGUGGAGGAGCGCAGCCGCCAGUUUGAGGCCCUCAGCGAGGAGCUGAACCAGAAAUCAAUCAUCCUGACGUCCAUCGACUCUGAGCUGCAGAAGCUGAAGGAGAUGACCAAUCACCAGAAGAAGCGCGUCACCGAGAUGAUGUCAUCACUGCUCAAAGACCUGGCCGAGAUCGGCAUUGCUGUGGGCAACAACGAUAUCAAGCAGCAUGAGGCCAGUGGUGUGAUGGAUGAGGAGUUCACGGUGGCGCGUCUCUACAUCAGCAAGCUCAAGUCGGAGGUGAAGAGCAUGGUGAAGCGCUGCCGCCAGCUGGAGAACCGCGAGAGCCCGACUCAACAAGAAGAUAGGCGAGGCGACAAAGGGGCUGGCAGCCUGCCAAUACAUCUCGCGGAAUAAACAUCGCACGCUGCUAAUGUUGACUAUAAACAGCUACGCAUCUCGCAGCAUGAGGCAAAGAUCAAGUCUCUGUCUGAGUACCUGCAGAACGUGGAGCAGAAGAAGAGACAAUUGGAGGAGAAUGUCGACUCCCUUAAUGAGGAGCUCGUCAAACUCAGCACCCACGAGAAAGUCAAGGCCAUGGAGAAGGAGAACGAGAUUCAGUCUGCCAACGAAGUCAAGGAGGCAGUGGAGAAACAGAUUCAGGGCCACAGAGAGACGCACCAGAAACAGAUCAGCAGCCUGAGAGAUGAGUUGGACGCCAAGGAGAAACUCAUCACCGAGUUACAGGAUCUGAACCAGAAGAUCAUGCUGGAACAGGAACGUCUGAGAGUGGAGCACGAGAAACUCAAAUCCAACGACCAAGAGAAGAGCCGCAAGCUGCACGAACUCACGGUGAUGCAGGACCGGCGAGAACAGGCCAGACAGGAUCUCAAGGGGCUGGAGGAGACUGUGGCCAAGGAACUGCAGACUUUGCACAACCUUCGGAAGCUCUUUGUUCAGGAUUUGGCAACACGAGUGAAAAAGAGUGCAGAGAUGGACUCUGAUGACACUGGAGGCAGUGCAGCUCAGAAGCAGAAAAUCUCUUUCCUGGAGAACAAUCUAGAACAGCUGACCAAGGUCCACAAACAGCUGGUGCGUGACAACGCUGACCUGCGCUGUGAGCUGCCCAAGCUGGAGAAGCUGCCUAUGGGCAACGGCCGAAGGGUCAAGGUUCUGAGUCGGCCAGGAGGCAAGGAGAACGCUGGCCCAUAAAUAAGCUACCAGACCGAGGUGGACCGCAUCAAGGAGGCCGUGCGCGCCAAGAACAUGGCCAGGAGAGGCCACUCCGCUCAGAUUGAUCGGCUAGUCAUGCCUGGCAGCUGA